AAAACAAAGGAACUGCUGUCAGUCAUGGUGAAUGUGGCUGGAGAGAAUGAUUGGGGAUUUUUUUUUCCAAUUUAAGAGGGACUGGAAGAAGAUGCAGAGAAGGCAUAGUAGCAAUGCUGACAACAUCCCACCAGAAAGGACAAGGAGUCAGACAGUUGGUUCAGAGACCAGUGUGGAUGAGAAUGGUGUUUUUGAAGGACUCAAACCUGAAAGUUCCUCGGCUCAGCAGAUGUUCUCUGGUUUAGCAGGUCUGCAAUCAGGCCCAAUAACUGCUGCAUCAUUCCAGUCUGGCCUAGUGCUGGGAUCUUCUCUGAGUGCAUCGGUUGGAAGUGGAGAUGUGUUUAUUCAGAUGACCCCACAGGAAGAGGGAGCCAUUCGCACAGAGAAUAUGCAGUACCAUCACCGCCAUCGGCAUCAUCAUUACCACCACAGUCACCAUCGUUCCUCUCUGUUACACGUUUCUGGUGAUCGCCAUGGAAAUACAGAAGAUGUCAGCGAAGACCCUGGCACUCCUGCUCCAGCACUUUCAGAGCUGAAAGCUGCAGUUACCUGGCUUCAGAAGGGCCUUCCUUUUAUCUUAAUAUUACUGGCUAAAGUUUGCUUUCAACAUAAGCUUGGCAUUGCUGUGUUAAUUGGAAUGGCAAGUACCUUUGCAUAUGCAAACUUAAUGGUUAAACACCAAGUUUCUUUAAGAGAGCAAAGAUCAGCACUUGUAUGCCUCUGGAUAUUAGUGUUCCUCACUGGGAACACAUUGUUUUUGUAUUACACUUUCAGUGCCCAGGAGCUCUAUAAAAGUUUGAUAUUUCUGAAGACUAGUGUGGAAAGCAAGGAUUUCUUUGAUUUGCUUUGGAUUGCAGGAAUCACGGACUUUGUGCUGAAAUACAUUACAAUUGGUUUCAAGUGUUUGGUCCUCGUUCUGCCCAGAAUCAUCUUAGCUUUCAAGUCAAGGGGAACCCUUUACCUUCUAAUAGAAGAAAUGAGCCAAUUAUUGAGAUCGUUGACCCCUAUCCAGCUGUGGUACAAAUGCAUCAUGGGAGGAGACUCCUCCAAUAGUUACUUGUUGGAAGGCACCCUGAUUGUUCUGUACAGUCUCUGCAAGUUCUUGGAUGUCUGUGGUCGAAUAGGUGGUUUGCGAAAGGCCUUGAAGAUCUUGUGCAAAUCGCAGAGCUGUGGCGUGCGAGCUACCAGCCAGCAGUGCAGCGAAGCCGGAGAUAUCUGUCCGAUCUGCCAGGCAGAAUUUCGAGAACCUGUGAUGUUGAUUUGCCAGCACGUCUUCUGCGACGAGUGCGCUUGCCUGUGGUUCGAUCGAGAGAGGAGCUGUCCAAUGUGCCGAACCGCUGUCGUCGAAACCCUGCGCUACUGGAAGGACGGGAGCACCUCCGCGCACCUCCAGGUGUACUGAUGCCCGAGUGAAAUCGAUCCAUGGCUGUCGGUCCUUUAGCACUUUCAGCACUCCCCGGGGAUGUGCGUGAAUGCAGCUGCGCAACAGCUGGGAUCGUGCUCCUUGUUUUUUUAGUGCGAAGAAAGUGUACAAUCUCCACGUGCGAUAGUAAUAACAAUGUAAAUAUUUCAAAAUCAGCGCGUGUUAUUGGCUGUUAGGUAAAAAUAUUCUACCCUUAUGUUUUUAAAAGACCUUACUAAGAAAAGGAAAUGCAUUCCAGCGUGUUUUGUGUCAACAGUAACCUACAUUUUGCAAAUGAAUAUUAUGCUAAUUGUUAUUUUACCAUUUGAUUUCUGUGGGCUGGAGAAGUGUUUAUGAUCAUUGCAAAGCUAAGGUCAUUUAAAUGAGGCUGCAGAGGAUUCUACUGGUUAUGAAACAUUUAUUUAGAAUUUAAGAUGAUUUUCAACAAUUCUAUGAAACAGACUAAAAAACAUCAGCCAUAAAUGUAUUUACAUAAAGAUGCUAAGAUCUUUUUUUUUUAAAAAUCAUACUUUUGUAAUUACAUGCAGUAACAUCAACUGGUAUAAAACUGCGAUAACAAAUGUUACAAUCCAAUUUUAAAAGCAUGCAUUUUUAAAUUCUGUUCUGCUGUCUUGUAAAAUGUAACCAGUGCAAUUUUCCAGUCCAACUCCUUCACAUUCCGGUGGUUUGUUCAGCCCAAGUUUGGGGCUGAGUUUCACUCCCGAGCAACGCUCUGACCUUCACUGCGUCGGCGGAAUGACAGCUACUGCACCUGUCACCUGGAAAGUAGUAGAAGAAAUUCAUUCUAGCCUUUAUUGUUGACUAAAAUAAAUCCUACUCUUUUAAUGAAACUGAAGUUAUCUGUAACCACAAAUGGCAUUCUUUCCUCAGUAAUUUCACUCUCACUUCUCUCGAGGAAGCCACAGGAACACCACUUUUCAAGCUAUACUCUUGAUUUAAGCUGAUGACAUUUGAUUUGUUGCUGCUAACUUUGAAGUCCUUUCCAGAGAAGACAAGAACCCGGGGAGGGUGUAAUUGCACCAUAAAUGCUGGAAUAAGUGUUGCAAGAUGGCUUGAUAACUAACCGAGCUCAAGAGUGGUG